ACUUACUCACGCUCCUCUUACACACGCACAAACUGGCCAUGUGAUGUGAAUGCCCCCUGUUCGGGUUACAGAGAGAGGGAGGCUUCAGCUGAAUGCAAGCCUUCACAGUAAUGGAGAGAAGCAGCCAACAUCAAGAACAGUCCGUCAGUCACUCAGUAAGUGCGCUGUAAUUUUCCAACAUGCAAUUUCUUUCCCAGCGCGGAUUAUAGUUCCCGCGGUGAGACCCGGCCUGUAAUAGGGAGCAGCUGCAUUAACUCUUACAUGGACCUUUAUGUGACUUAUUUUCUUUCCCGCCGGCCAGGUCACUGAGCGGCGCACCAACUCUGGGUUUUUCCACAGACAUCUGCAGGCAAGUUAAGAGGCGCAGAAGAACGACUUCGGGGGGAAUCUUUCUUUUCCUGAUCACAUGACCUCAAAGCUGCCGGACACUUUUCUCUUCAAAGUCCCGAGGAUGUUAAAGAGACAAUGAUAAUACCACGUGAUAAUUUUCUAAUAAACCAGUGGAGACAGGGGCAUUUGGGAACUGCUGUUGCAUGGCUGCAGAAGUGUUAACUGGCCUGAACCAUGAUGCUGGUUGCAGCCUGUGGUUUCAUAUACGAAACAACAGUAGCUUCCAAACUGAGAGUUCACUUGUCACAGACACUGCCUUAUCAAAUGACUCUGCCCUGACUCACGUCAGUGUCAGGGUCUGCUUGGCACAGCAUGGGCAACUCUUCCAGGAAGGACGAGGGGGAAGAAGAAGAAGAGGGGGCAAAAGACGGUGAGGAGGAAGAGGACACUGAAAAGGAGAAGGAAGUAGUGGAGGAGGAAGAAGAAGAGCUUCCACUGGGAGUGGAGGAGCUGUUGGAGAGCGGUGAUCCUGUGUUAGACCUGAGCUACCGCAAAUUCAAGCGAUUACCCUCUCGUGUUUGUGAGCUGAUGCACCUGGAAAAGCUGUAUGUUUGCGGGAACAGACUUCGCAAGGUGCCUGACAGAAUCGCCCAACAGCAGGGUCUGCGAACGCUCGCCCUUGACUUCAACAAGUUGGAAGACGUUCCCCUGGCUGUGUGCGAGCUCACCAGCCUCACCCAUCUGUACCUGGGCAGCAACCGACUCAUGACCCUUCCGCCUGAGUUCACCAACCUGAAGAAUCUAAGGUGCUUCUGGCUGGAGAGCAACUACUUUCAUAGAUUUCCAAGGGAGCUUUACGACCUGCCAAACCUCAAGUCCCUUCAGAUGGGGGACAACCGGCUGAAAGCGCUGCCUCAAGACUUCUGUCGCAUGGAAUCACUAAAGGGAUUGUGGCUGUAUGCAAACCGCUUCGAAACCUUCCCCAAAGUCCUGCUGCGCAUGAAGUCCCUGGAGAUCCUAGACUUGGAUAAAAACAAAAUAACAGAGCUUCCCAGUCUGAAGCGUCUCCGGACCCUUCACCUAUUUUCCUAUGACCACAAUCCCGUCAAGGAACCUCCUAUAGUAGGCGAGGAUGUAUUUCUGGUUGGGGAAGGGGCUGCUGAGUUCAUGGAGAUCCGUGAGGCCAAGAAGGAGAGACGUCGCAAGGCCGCUGAGAAAGAGGCUGAGGAGCUGGCUGAGGAGCUGGCUCAGGCUGGAGAGGAACCAGUGAUCCAUGGGAUCCUAAAGAACAGCAACUCAAAACCGGCAACAGACGAAGCUGCUGUGAACAUCGAAGACUCCGAUGUUAGAGAAGAAGAAACAUUGGUUAAGGACGAGGAGCAGGAGGACUGCAUAGAAGCACCAGUGACAGAGUAUGAUGGUGCUGAGCUUGAAUAUGAUGAAGAAUUGGUUGAAUAUGAGACAGAAGAGAUGAUAUGUGAGGGAGAAGGGUUUGAGUAUGAAGGAGAGGGGUUGGAGUAUGAAAAUGUUCCAAUGGACUAUGAGUAUGAGGACGGGGAGGAGCUGGAAGACACAAGAAGACAAGAUGAGGGAGCGUGAAAAGCCCCUCUAACUCCAAGAUGAUUUGGUUUCAGGUGGAAACAGUUGUUGGACAGUACAGCAGAUACAUGAAUACGACUUAUUCUCAGAUGUGCUGCUAAUUAAUGAUCUGUAAUUAACUGUGAAAAUGAAUUGUCUUGAUAUUAUAUUUCUUUAAAGCAACACCAGUGUCAUCUCUCUCAACUGCACAUUAUCAGGUUGCUGUAACUUAUUUUGGUUCUUUGCUAUUAAAUAUUCAGCUGAAUGAA